CCAAGAUGGCGGCGCCCAUGUAGAAAAAUGCGGCUUGGUCCAAAAUUUCCUUUGUCGUUUAUAAAGCAGAACUUGGCUACCAGGAUACCAGGUAAAGGUGUAAAUUGACAGCCAGCUACAUCUGCGACACAAGCAGCAGUCCAGAUAUUUCAUUCCAAUCGCAGCAUCAUAUGAAUGAAUAAAGAUGACAGACACACAUACAACAGUGGGAUCAGACCUACCAAGUGAGACAGUUUCUGGUGAAGGGACCAUCUCAGAAGAUCAAACAUUACUCCAGAAAAAUCAGGAAGAGGAAGAAAAUACAAACAAAGCAAAUAUCUGCGAUGAUCCCGACUCAAGCAAUGAGAUGAAAGAUGCGGGAACUUGUAAGGAAAAAGACGACUCCGUAGAUAAUGUGACAACCAAUGAAAGUGCUGCUGUCAGUUGCCAUGGAAACCAGGUUCCAAAGAAAGAGGGAGGAGAAGGUGAAAGGUCAAGUGCAUCAGGUGACCUGGACCCAUAUGCUUAUGCAAAAGAUGGGAAGUAUACAACUGAGAACUUCAAGAUAGAAGUGAGGAAUCUGCCCAGGUAUGCUGGCUUUGCGCAAUUCAGGAAGCGUAUGGUGAACCAAGGACUGACGCCACACAAGGUCAAGAUCAUCCAAAGAGACAACAUUGCAUUUGUAGCCUUUAGAUGUGAGGAGGACAGACAGAAGGCCUUGGAGGUGUUAAACUCCCACGUAUGGAAAGGAUGUUCACUGUCAGCCUCGAAAAGCAACCCAGCAGCUGACCCACUGGUGAAGAAGAGGAAAGAAAGAGAAGAGUCUGGAGCUGGAAACAGCCAGAAAAGGUCCAGGGGAAAUGAUGAGGAUGAUGAAGGCUUGUCUGUUGAAGAUAGACUCCUGCUAGCGGUGACCCCCCUGUGGAACGUACCAUAUGAAGAACAGCUGAAGGACAAAACUGAGAGUCAGAAGACUGUUCUGGGCAAACUCAGCCGAGCCAUCGAGAAUGCCAACCCUGGCCUGGGGUCAUGGGUUAUACAGCAGAGAAAACAGUAUGACAACAUGUGUUGUAAGCUGGAAAACAUCACACCUUCGCCCAUCCUGAACAACUACAGGAACAAGAAUGAGUUCAACAUAGGAAUCAGCCCAGAGGGAAAAGAGAAAACCAUUGGGUUCAGACUGGGAAGAUAUAAAGGUGGCAGCUGCACAGUUGCCAGUCCCUAUAACUGCCCCAAUGUCCCAGAGACAGCCAAGGACAUGGUCAGGAUUUUCCAGACCUAUUUGGAACAGUCCACUAGGAGCGGUUACGACACAGAGAAGCACCAAGGUCACUGGAAACAGCUGACUGUCAGGACCACCCAGGGGUCAGAGGUCAUGGUCAUGCUGCAGUUCAAUGUACAGGACCUUUCAGAGGAGGAGAUUGAGAAGGAGAAGCAGCUUCUACAAGACUACUUCAGCACAGGGCCAGGGAAGGACUAUGGUAUCACAUCACUGUUCUUCCAAGCAUGUAAACAGAGGAGACCUGGAGAUGAAGAACCAUCAUAUCAACUCAUCUUAGGGAAAGAGUUCAUUCAGGAGAAGUUGUUGGAUAUGACCUUCAGAAUUUCUCCAGAUGCAUUUUUUCAAGUGAACACCCUGGCAGCAGAGGUCCUGUACUCUACUGUAGCAGACUGGUGUGACUUCACAGAGAACUCCACUGUUCUGGAUGUGUGCUGUGGUACAGGCACUAUUGGACUCACCCUGGCAAAGCAUGUGAAGAAGGUGAUAGGUGUAGAACUGUGUCAGCAGGCAGUGGAGGAUGCCAAGGUGAACGCCAACAUCAACGGUAUAGAGAAUGCAGAGUUCCUGUGUGGAAAGGCAGAAGACAUCCUGCCAGACCUGGUCAGGAGGCUGUACAAUACAGAGCUGGUAGCAGUGGUAGACCCGCCUAGAGCAGGGCUACAUUCCAGGGUUAUAUCUGUCCUUAGGAAGUGUUCCAACCUGACUAAGCUGGUGUAUGUAUCCUGUAACUCCCAGAGUGCCAUGCCAAACUUUAUCGACUUGUGUCGACCGACGUCUAACAAGUUUAAGGGCGCAGCGUUCCGUCCCGUGCGAGCCGUGCCUGUGGACCUGUUCCCUCACACCUGGCACUCCGAACUUGUCAUACAGUUUGAGAGGUCCCAGUCAACAUGAAGUCUGUCUGUAUCACCCUUCAAACCUUGGAACUACUGGACAUCUUCAUAUUAUGUUUGCGGCAUCCAUCCCAUUCUUACAUGUAUUCCGUUCUGCAUACAGAAUUAUUUUAGAGCAAUAUUGAUGUGUAAAAAAAAGCUCAUUACACCACAAACAUUAUGUUCUGUUCUACUAAAACUACUGUUUCAACUGCAAAAUAAAGAUACAGUAAAGUUUUUUAAGUCUUAAGAUUUUUGUUUAAAAAUUUGAAAAAUUUAGUGCUACAAACUUAAUUUACACUGCAUGUAUAGAUUAUUCCUUUCUACCUGUAACUGGGUCAAAGUUCACAUGGAACUGUCCAUAGUAUUAAGUACAGUCUGUGUUCUUACAAUUACAGCUGUUUACAAGAUAAUAUGUACAUUACCGUUUUUAUUGUUCUACACCAUUGUUAUUUUAAUUACAAACUGUAUUGCUGUAUGAAGUAUUGCUGCAAAACCUAGCAUGCUGUAGUGAUAAAAUGGUAGACCUUGUGUACUAGUAUCUCGGGGUAAUUUUCGUCGUGUAUAAUUAAGGGUAAUUAUACCUGCUAAUAAAAGACUCCCAUGUCCUGAAAUGUAGAAGAAACCACAAAUCUGGGGUGAUGGUAGUUGAUGCUUUCCUUAUUUCAGCAGGAAAUGUGGUUUUGAUGAAUGUUCUUGUGUUAUAUCAUAGUCUUUAACAUCCUGAUUCUUAAUUAAACACUUCCAGACCUCCCAGCUGGCAUUCUUUGUUGAUACAUAUAAGCUACAACUAAGACUAUUUAACCCAGAAUCCACCAUUAUGGAUACAUCAAGCACAGGCAAUUAUUAGACCAAAAUUUGUUGAAAUGUUUCUACAUGCAGUUCAUGGCAAUUUUUGUGACCAUGUAAAAGUUCCCUUUUGAAGUUUCAGCCCACAUGUAAACAUAUGGCCAAUUAA